GUCUGCUUUUGAGCUUUGACAUAGCGAAGGCGUUAGGGUCUUGUUUGAUCCAAUGCACGGCGAAUCGGCGUCAUCUACGCUUUCUGCUUCUUGCUGUGCUUGGAAUACAUCUACAUUGCGCUCUUUUUUAUGCUGUUGCCGUGCUCUGUGACGUACUGCAUUGCCCGCGCCGGACCGACAGCGAAACGUGGGCGUGGGCCGGUUGCUGGUCUGGUGAACCCUGGAACGGCGCGGCGGGGACACAAUCGCGCUAAGAACAUCAACAGACACACGCUGUACGCUCGCCCACACCCACAACGUCUGUCAGGCUCCCUCGACCUCUGCACUUUCCUCUCACUGCGUGCUCUCGUCCUGGUCCUCACCUCCACCGUCGUUUCGCAGCACUGCGCUAUCCUGAAACGGGCAGCGGCCGAGUCCCCCUGAUAGCGGGCGGGGCCUCAAUCUCCUGCUGUACCGCGACCGCGCCGAGGCCUCGAAAUCCCUCCGCCUUGACGUACCACAGCAGCAGCCCGCAG